AUGAGUCGCUGCAGGAGACUAAAGGAUCUCCCAAGUGAAAUUUGUCAGUUGACAUCUCUCCAAAAACUCGAUGUAGGAAUAUGUCGAAGUCUAAAGAAGUUGCCGGAGAAAAUGGGCUGCAUGAUAUCCCUGACAGAACUUGAUUUAGGAUGGUGCGAGAAGCUAGUGGAUCUCCCAAGUGAAAUUUGUCAGUUGACUUCUCUCCAAAAACUCAAUUUAUAUGAAUGCAAAAGUAUAAAGAAGUUGCCGGAGAAAUUGAGCUGUAUGAUAUCCUUGACAGAACUUGAUUUAAGACGCUGUAAGAAUCUAGUGGAUUUCCCAAGUGAAUUUUGUCACUUGACAUCUCUCCAAAAACUCGAUUUAAGUGGAUGUCAAAAUCUAAAGAAGUUGCCUGAGAAAUUGGACCAUAUGAUGUCCUUGACAGAACUUGAUUUAGGAUGGUGCAAGAAUCUAGUGGAUCUCCCAAAAGAAAUUUGUCAGUUAACUUCUCUCCAAAAACUCAAUUUUUACAAAUGCGAAAGUCUAAAGAAGUUGCCGGAGAAAUUGGGUCAAUUGAUAUCCUUGACAGAACUUAAAUUAGAAAGGUGCGAGAGUCUAGUGGAUCCCCCAAGUGUAAUUUUUCACUUGACAUCUCUCCAAAAACUCUAUUUAAGCCGAUGCAUAAAUUUGACAUACAUCUCAUGUCUUCCCUCAAGUUUGACCACAAUUUCUGUUCAACAUUGCCCUUCAAUUCGAUACAUCUCUAGUCUUCCCCCAAGUUUGACCAGCCUAGAUAUUGUUUACUGUGAGUCAAUGGUAAAACUAUCAAGUACAUCAAGAGGCUUGGGAAAUUUAAAGACAUUACGUCUCUGUGGUUGUUUCAGCCUAGAAGAAAUUGAAGAUGUUGACGAGAAAUUAAUGGAAUCCCUGGAGGUCUUCAGCAUUCAGCACUGCAAGUCCUUAAAAAAAAUGCUAAAACUGAGGGGCUCGAAAAAUCUAAGGAUUUUAUUGCUCGGUUUGAACGAUGUCAUAUCCGAUCUUGAAGGCGGUGAGGGGAUGGAAUCUCUGGAGGAGUUGGUGAUAUGGGAGUGCAAAUCAUUAAGAAAAAUACCAUAUCUAAGAGAUUCGAAAAGGCUGAGGAUACUAAAAAUCAAAGACUGUGAGGAAUUAUUAGAGAUUGAGCGCCUUGAGGACUAUGAAUCCUUACAAGAAUUAUCAAUUAAUAGGGCCAGAUCAUUAAAAGCAUUACCGGAGAAUAUCUUAACCCUGAAGAACCUGAUCUAUUUAGGUAUUAAUGAGUGCUGUUGCUCGAUGGAAAGAUUACCUGAUCUUUCGAACUUUAAAGAGUUGAGGCAAUUAGAUAUUGGAAAUUGCGGGAAGGUAUUCAACUAUUCGUCGCAAUUAUUAGAGGAGGGGGAUUGGAGGAGGUUAUUAACCAAAAUUCCAGGCCUUGACAGAUUGGAGUCUUUGCGAAAAUUGGGCAUAGCAGGAUGUAUAGCCAUUCAAGGAUUACCGGAUCUGUCAAAUUUCAAAAAAUUGAAUGAUCUGACGAUUAAAGGUUGCAAGAAUCUAAUGGAGAUUCAUGGUAUCGACAGAUUGGAAAACUUAGAGAUUUUGGUUAUUAGUGGCUGUGAGUCAUUGCAAAGAUUACCGGAUUUGUCAAACUUAAAAAAAUUGAAGGAUCUAAAGAUUGAAGGCUGCAAGAAUCUAAUAGAGAUUCAUGGUGUUGACGGAUUGGAGUUGCUAAAGGAAUUGAAUAUUUAUGGGUGCAAGUCUUUGGAAAGAUUACCGGAUCUGUCAUACUUAAGAAACUUGAAGUGUCUAAAGAUUGGUUGCAAGAAUCUAACAGAGAUUCAUGGUGUUGACGGAUUGGAGUUGUUAAAGAAAUUCGAGAUUAUUGGAUGCGACUCCUUGGAAUUGCAAUUGCCGGAUCUGUCAAACUUAAAAAAAUUGACGCAUCUAAAUAUUGAAGGUGGGAAGAAUCUAACCGAGAUUCAUGGUGUUGAAAGAUUGGAGUUUUUAUGGGAUUUCGAGAUUAUUGGGUGCGAGUCCUUGGAAAGAUUACCAGAUCUGUCAAACUUAAGAGACUUGUAUUCUCUAAAGAUUGAAGGCUGCAAGAAUCUAAUCGAGAUUCAUGGCGUUGCCGGAUUGGAAUUCUUAAAGAAAUUCAAAAUUAUUGGGUCCGAGACCUUGGAAAGAUUACCGGAUCUGUCAAACUUAAAAAAGUUGAAUGAUCUAAUGAUUGAAGGCUGCAAGAAUCUAACCGAGAUUCAUGGUGUUUUAGGAUUGGAAUUCUUACAGUAUUUCAAGAUUAUUGGGUGCGAGUCCUUGGAAAGAUUAGCGGAUCUAUCAAAGUUAAAAAAAUUGAAGAAUCUAAGGAUUAAUGGCUGCAAGAAUCUAACCGAGAUUCAUGGUGUUGAUGGAUUGGAAUUCUUAAAGUAUUUCGAGAUUAUUGGGUGCGAGUCCUUGGAAAGAUUACCGGAUCUGUCAAAAAACGUGGAAGAUCUAAAGAUUAAAGGCUGCAAGAAUCUAACCAAGAUUCAUGGUGCUGACACAUUGAAAUCCUUAAGAGUAUUAGAUAUAAGUGGGUGCGAAUGCUUGGAAAGAUUACCAGAUCUGUCAAACUUGAAAUGUUUAUGGAAUCUAACAGCUAAGGACUGCAAGAAGCUCACUGAGGUUCAAGCUGUUAAUGGAUUGGAAUAUUUGGGGUCCUUGGAUGUUAGGGGGUGUUUAUCCUUGGAAAAAAUACCAGAUCUGACUAAGUCAAAGAAAUUGCACACUCUAAAUGGUGUGUCCUGCUGGAAACUAACUGAUAUUGCUCUAGUAGAACUCUUGACUGAUGGUGGUUGCACAAAAUUACAACUACCAACAAACACAGUAUCAUUUCAUUGUACAUGA